GUUUAAUAUUGUGUGAAUCAAAAUGAAUAUAAUAAUACAAGUAUUUGGACUCCUUCUCUUAGUCCUCGUUGUGUAUGGCAGUGCGGAAAGCUGUCAGGAAUCGAGGCAACUUGAGUCAAUCUGUGGAAAUUAUUGCUUUAGAGCCAUGAAGCCUAUGUUAGAUUAUACGAAGACUUUAGAGCGACAAAUGACUGAUUUUGCUCAUGAAAAACAAUUUUUGUUGGAGCUGGCAAACACGAAGAAAAUAUUAGAGGCAAAAUUCGAUUUGCAGGAUAAUACGAUCCAACAGAAAUUUAGAGACUUGAGCACUGCAAGUGAACAAAUUUUGCAACAAAUCAAAUCACAGGGUAAACAAGUCGAGCAACAGUUGGAACAUCUUCAUAAAGCGGAGGAAGAUAAGAAGCCAAUACCUGGACCAGCUUAUCAGCGGAUUGGAUCAAAGUAUUAUUAUAUUGAAGAAUCUGAAGAAGUCAAUUGGUUUGUUGCAGUCAACAAAUGUUUUAUCAUAGGUGGACAUUUAAUUAGUAUCGAAAAUCAGGAUGAAUUCAAUGCAAUUAAGGAGAAAUUGCAGACUGAUAAAGAUUAUUGGAUUGGAAUUAGCGAUUUAGCUAAAGAGGGGAAAUACGUUUCGGUUGUCAAGGGUGACGAAGAGGGUUAUUUAAAUUGGCAUGAUGGCGAACCUUAUAAUUAUGAAUCGAGCGAGCACUGCGUUGAAUUAAGAUUUAACGAUAAUAAGCAUCUAAUGAAUGUUGAGAAUUGUGAUACAAAACAAUUGUUUAUUUGCGAGAAGACGCUAAUGUUGUAAGAUUUAAAAAUAUAUAAACUUUAUUCAUUUCUAUGCCAAAUAAAUAAAGAAGUAAA